GCAGUCGACAUGUGUCUGAAGCUCGCAAUUUUGUGUUUUACUCUGCUCUUUUGGCAUCCCGUGAUGUCCUUCGAGACUCCUGAGGUUUUUGCCAAACCCAAUCAGGAAGCGCACUGCGUGGCAACGUGCAACAGUUUUGAACUUCAGGUCGGUAAAAAGUUCUAUCACAUUGGCUCCAAUUUGAGGGCAAACUGGUACGAAGCGGUUCACAUUUGUCGCCAAAUGGGUGGACACUUGGUCAACUUUGAAAGCAGCAUGGAAAUAGAGCUGCUAACAGGCGUAGUGCGCUCCAAUGAGUACUGGACAUCUGCCAAUACAUUGCAAGCGGAUAAUACGUAUCUAUCAUGGACAACUGGAAAACCAAUGCCUUUCAUGAAUUGGGCUGCGGGGGAGCCCAGUGGCAGUGGAGAGUGUGUUCAACUAAUACAAGGCAAACUUUAUAAUGCUGAUUGUAAUACAGACAAGUACUAUAUAUGCCAAGCUAACAUUGUAUAAUUCGACUACAAAUUUUAAAAAUAAAAA